UGAUGAUAACAGUUCGUCCUCAGUACGAUAACUGAACAUAUGACCGCUGACAGCUAUAUAUGAAGAUAUUAUGCAUUGCGCACUACCAUCAUACUCAUCAGAAUCACGGUGACAGACACAAGAUGAUGUUGCUCCCCUCUUCUCUACUCCUGCUGGUGGCCGUGGUACAGCUGACCAGUGGAGGAUCAGUGAAGCCAGACGACGAUGCCCCAGGCUUUGAACAUUGGUGGACCACAAACAAGAAUACUUUUGAAGACUAUCCAAUCAAAUUCGAAAAGCCUCUACCAAACUGGAUUUAUGGGACUAUGGUACGAAAUGGUCCUGGCCAGUUUGAGAUGGGGAAACGAAAGUUCACGCAGGCUUUGGACGGUUACGCUAAGCUGACGAGCUGGAAGUUCCCAGGAGAUGGCACGUGUCUCUUCUCUACCAAAUUUAUCCAGUCUUCUUUCUACAAAAGCUCAGUGGAGAGAAACGACAUCGCCCCUUACCUUAACUUUGGCGUCACUGUUCCUCCAUAUGAUGACGUACAAAAAGCGGAGGCUAUGAUUAAUGCCAUGGACAAUAUGAACGUCAACUUUUACAAUUAUUCUAAUACAUUUGUCGCUGUAACGGACUUGUGGAAAUGUUAUGAAAUUGACCUCCCUACCUUGAACACGGUUAGAUUGAUAGACGCUAAAAUUCCUACCAACAAUCAUUCAAAAACGGAUGACGUUAUAAGUCUCCUGUCGUCAGCUCAUCCACUUCAAGAAUAUGGUAAACCAGGGACGUAUAUUGACUAUCUUGGCGGAGCUGGUAUGAUCCCAGGGGUUAUACCGGACAAAAUCACAGUUAUCAGGACCAAAGGCGCCGAGGAUCACGAAGUUAUAGCUGAAUGGCGUAUGGACGCUGCUCCAUAUAUGCAUACGUUUGCUGUAACGGAAAAUCACGUUAUCUUCAUUGCUCACCCUUACUAUCAAAACUUCAUGACGAUGGCUAAAAAUGGAUAUGCAGCGGCUGGCAUGGAAUGGCGGGCAAAUGAGACUGCAAAGGUCUUCGUUGUCAAUAUUCCGACUGGAAAGGUGGAAACGUUUGAAACCGAAACAGUUUUUGCUCUGCAUCACGUCAACGCUUACGAAGUGGACAACAAAAUAAUGGUUGACAUACCUGUUCAACCAAACCCAUUUUUUUUUAAGAAAUUAAACUUUCCAUCGGUACUCAACGCAACAGAAAGGAAGUCUAUGACACUCAUUUCUAAAUUAAGACGAUACACAAUCGACAUGGAAUCCAAAACCAUCUCGCAUUUCGAUUUCCCCAACGCGAGCAAUAGUGAGCUUCCAACUAUCAACGAAAACUAUCGAUCAAAACCGUAUUGCUAUGUAUACGGCGUCGUAUUUAACUGGAAUGGUGAAGGUUUUAGCCACACCGGAAUACUUAAAAAGGACGUCUGUGGAAAAACUGAGAACAAGAUGUUUCAGAUACCGCAUCACUACCCGACGGAAGCGUGGUUCGUGCCUGCGCCACCGGAAGUAGCGAAGUCGGAAGAUGAUGGUGUGUUGCUCCUUGUUGUCCUGGACGGUGACCGUGAGUUAUCUUAUCUUGGAAUCGUAGAUCCAAAAACAAUGACACUGAUCAACAAGGCAUAUUUGCCGACAACCAUUCCAUUCAACUACCAUGGCAGAUUCUUACCUGGACUGUGGUAACUAAAUAUGUAAUCCUAUUUAACAUGAAAACGACAUUCUGCGGCUUUAAUUAAUUACAAUAACAGUUUCUUCCUCGGUGUUGUAAUGACUAAUUAAAUACAAGACCAUACCGUCUUUCCCACUUGUUGGAAUAAUCACAGAAUGAAGUGUUUUGAAUUUUAGUAACAUAUCAUGAUCUCACCUUCUGAGUUUAACCUUAUUACAAUGUUCGUCCUUCAAUAGUAAUAAAUAAUAUGAUCAUCUCCUAUUCUCAAUAAACAAAAUGAAAUACUA